AACAAACUGUGAGAAAUGGGAAGCGAAGGAAAAUCGAUUGUGAGGAAACCAAGGUUUUUGUGUCUCCAUGGAUUUCGUACGAGCGCAGAGAUAAUGAAGAUACAGCUUCAUAAAUGGCCUAAAUCUGUAAUUGAUAGACUCGAUCUCGUGUUUCUCGAUGCACCUUUUCCUUGUCAAGGCAAAUCUGAUGUUGAAGGCAUCUUUGAUCCUCCUUAUUACGAGUGGUUUCAAUUUAACAAGGAAUUCACGGAGUAUACGAAUUUCGAGAAAUGUUUGGAGUACCUAGAGGAUCGCAUGAUCAAGCUUGGUCCUUUUGAUGGUCUCAUUGGGUUUUCUCAGGGGGCAAUUUUGUCUGGGGGUUUACCAGGACUGCAAGCUAAAGGAAUUGCACUUCAGAAAGUACCAAAGAUUAAGUUUGUUAUAAUCAUUGGAGGAGCUAAGCUCAAAUCUGCCAAGUUGGCGGAGAAUGCUUAUUCGUCUUCCUUGGAAACUCUCUCCCUCCACUUUUUAGGAGAGACUGAUUUCUUGAAACCUUACGGAACCCAGCUGAUAGAAUCGUACAAGAAUCCCGUGGUUGUCCAUCAUCCCAAAGGCCAUACUGUCCCCAGGCUUGAUGACAAAAGCUUGGAGAUAGUUACUGCAUUCAUCGAUACCAUUGAGCAUCUGGUGAUGGAGGAAGACAAGAAUGGUGAAGAAAGUAAUAAUAAGCCAACAAAAUAGAAAAGCUUCAAGUGUUAUAUGUAUAACGAAUAAUUCUUUGGAUAAUAAUCGUGAAAUGGCUGUAAAUAAAUCUGGCAAUGUUUG